GGCUCAGCGGCUGUGGCCGUUUGGUGAAGGAGGAGAAGGAGACAGUAGGACAAGGAGAAAGGGGAGAGCGGAGGAGGAGCAGAGAUGCCUCCGCGUAAAAGCCUCUUCGCUCCCUUCGUGUCCGUGGACUCUGAGUGCGGUCCCGCGGCCUCGGCUCUCCACGCGGAUCUCCACGCGCUGCUGCAGCGGAGCCUCGCACCGGACCGCUCCGGGGACUACCGGGACUCCCCGCGCGCCAUCGUGGAGCUCCGGCUCGGUCCCGCCGGGGGCGCGCUGCAUUACCUACCGCCGGACACGAGCGCUCUAGAGCGCGCGCAGAGACGCCGGCGCCUCGCGGCCAAUGCCCGCGAGCGGCGCAGGAUGCUCGGACUGAACGUGGCCUUUGACCGGCUCCGCAGCGUCAUUCCCAACACGGACAGCGACCGGAAGCUGUCCAAGUCCGAGACCCUGCAGAUGGCGCAGAUCUACAUCUCCACCCUCAGCGAGCUGCUGCAGCAGGGCGCGGGCGGAGCUCGCAGCCCGGCCACCGACAAAGCGCCGGCGGCCGGGGACCCGCCUCGGCCCGAGAGGCACUUCCACACGGCCAGGAGCAGCGGCGGAGGCCCGGGGUGCCCCGAGGAGGACGUGCAGGGGGGGCGUGAAUAUCUGUGAUUCUUUCAGACAUUAAAGGACCAAAACGUGUUUCACGUGUUCGUGGACUCAAACACCGAGGACAGAAAGAAAAACUCUGUGCCAGAGUUACUCAAAGUAUCAAUUUUUAUUAUUUUAAAAUUAUGUACAGGUAACCAAAGACAUCGGUCUGCAAAUUGGUACAAAGAUCAAGUUUUCCUGCAGGCGGCUCGUUAAGAAGCUCUCUGUCUGUCCAAAAACAACAACACGGCUGGGAGAAAAGGCUUAGAAAAAAGAAAAAAUAGAAUCAGAUUCAGAAAAGUAGAGUCUACGGUCUAAAUUUAAAUUUAACCCCGGCCCGCCCGCGUCCCUCCCCAAACUGCCCCCUCCACCCCAAACUCCCUCCAUCACUCCCCUCCUACAUGAGGAGGUCCAAUCUAUUUACAGGAAACUAUGUACAAAAAGCUCUUCCAUUCAUUCUUCCAGACGUCUGUGAAUAAAGCUCUUGUAAACUUU